ACAGCGUAGAGGCAGAGAGCAUUGUUAUCCCUACAAAUUCUUUGGGUAUUUCAAAAUAGAUUUUUAUACUUAUCUUCAUAUAGUUUCAUUAUUGUUUAAAUAAUAAAAUAAAAAUAAUCUAACAUGUUAUAGUGUGCCAUGUGUCAAUAACCGUUUCUUAUGGUUCUCAUGUUUCUCAACUUCUCUCUUUUUUUAUUAUUACUUUUUAAAAUAAAAUUGGUGAGGAUCCAUGUGAAAGAUAUGGGCAUGCUCUCUCAAUGUGUCCUGUGCCAAAUCAACCGUUGAUGAAAGAAAAGAGAAAAAAGAUAAUAAUAAUAAAAUUUUAACAACUGUCUUAGCUAGCUGCAUGUGAGAAGAAAAAUAUGAGAGUUUAGUACGACGCUCGUUGAUAGACAGUGACUUGAGAGAGCCUCUGUUUUGGCCAAAAGUGUUCAACAACAAAACCAAUAUAUAUCCUUGAAAUCUCCCAAAAUCUAUAUUUUGUUUUCUUAAAGAUAAGAAGCAAAAAAAAAAAAAUGGAAGAGAGGAAAGGGAGGAGAAUAAUCAUGUUUCCUCUACCAUUUACGGGUCACUUCAACCCGAUGAUCGAGCUUGCUGGAAUAUUCCACCACCGUGGCUUCUCCAUCACAAUCAUCCACACUUCUUUCAACUUACCUGAUCUUUCCCGACACCCACACUUCACUUUUCAAACCAUCACUCACAUAAAAGAAGGAGAAGAAGACCCUCUCUCUCAAUCAGAGACCUCUUCGGGUAAGGACCUCGUCGUCCUCAUUGGUCUCCUUAAACAAUGCUACGCCGAGCCGUUUCGUCAGUCCCUUGCAGCGGAAGUAGGCGUAGGAGGAGAGACGGUGUGUUGUUUGGUCUCUGACGCUCUAUGGGGGAGGAGCACGGAGGUUGUAGCGCAAGAGAUAGGAGUUCAUAGACUGGUGUUGAGGACAGGUGCUGCGGUAUCGUUUUGUGUUUAUACAGCUUUCCCACUCCUUAUGGAUAAGGGUUAUCUCCCUAUACAAGAUUCUAGAUUAGAUGAGCUGGUGACAGAGCUUCCACCUUUGAAAGUGAAGGAUCUCCCGGUAACAGUAAUGAAAGAACCGGAGGACCUAUACCGACUACUUAACGACAUGCUGGAAGGAGCCAGGUUAUCAUCAGGAGUCAUAUGGAACACAUUUGAAGAUCUUGAAAGAGUCUCACUCUUGGAUUGUAACAGCAAGUUACAAGUUCCCUUCUUCCCAAUCGGACCGUUUCACAAAUAUAGUGACGAUCUUCCACCAAAAACAAAGAACAAGGACGACGAUGAAAUAACUGAUUGGCUCAACAAGCAAGAACCGCAGUCUGUGGUCUAUGCAAGUUUUGGAAGCCUUGCAGCUAUAGACGAGAAAGAGUUUAUCGAGAUUGCGUUGGGUCUUAAAAAUAGCAAACGACCAUUUUUGUGGGUGGUUAGGCAAUGUAUGGUCCGAGGGACCGAGUGGCUUGAGUCAUUGCCUUAUGGGUUUUUGGAAAAUAUUGGUCAAACGGGAAAAAUUGUGAAAUGGGUUAAUCAACUAGAGGUAUUGGCUCAUCCUGCGGUUGGAGCGUUUUGGACGCAUUGUGGAUGGAACUCAACACUAGAGAGCAUAUGUGAAGGUGUUCCAAUGAUUUGUACGCCGUGUUUCUCGGAUCAGCAUCUGAACGCCAGGUACAUCGCUGAUGUAUGGCGAGUAGGGAUGGUGUUAGAGAGAAGUAAGAUGGAAAGGAAGGAGAUUGAGAAGGUAAUAACAAGUGUAAUGAUGGAGAAGGGAGAUGGAUUGAGAGAGAGGUGUUUGAAGUUGAAAGAGAGAGCUAAUUUUUCCUUAAGCAAAGAUGGGUCUUCUUCCAAGUAUCUUGACAAACUUGUGAGUCAUGUCCUGUCUUUUGAUUCUUAAAUAUGCUCUUGCAAGUUAGAAAAACUACAAAAGGCCAAUGUACUCGGAGCACUCUUCAAACCUUUUGGAUGAUGUUGUAUUUCUUAUAAUAAUAAUGUUCGCCGUUUGGGAUUAUCAUAACA